CAGUGUGCUUCAGGCGAUUAUGUCGUUGAUAUAAAUGAAAUACGCGUCUGAACGAUAACGAACACUUUCGGUGCAAACAGUCAAUAGUUGUCAACAUGGCAGAUACUGUAACGGACGUGCCGGUAGUAAAUGAAACAUUUAAUGGAACAGCCGAAAAUGGAACUGCAAAAAUACCCGCUACACCAGAGGGGAUGUUGGUGGCGUACUCAAGUUUGGUUAUCAUGGCUCUGAUACCGAUUUUCUUUGGAGCCUUCCGUUCUGUGAGGUACCAUAAGGAGCAAAAGGAGUCUGGCGAGAAACCAGAGACAAUGACCAGAAAAGAUGCCGCAAUGUUCCCCAUCAUUGCCAGUUGUACCCUCUUUGGAAUAUAUGUUGUCUUCCAGUUAUUCUCAAAGGAGUAUAUCAACAUGUUACUUGCUGUAUACUUUUUCUUCCUUGGGGUUCUGGCUUUGGCACACAUUGCCAGUCCUAUUCUUAACCCACUGAUCCCGCCCCUGUUCCCCAAUCAGGAGUACCACCUGAUCUUCACAGAGGGACCUGCAGACAAGAAGGAAGAAGUGGUGAACUGGAAGUUUGAUCGCAAGGACCUGCUGGUGAUUGCAUUGGCUGGAAUCGUUGGAUUGUGGUACCUUAUGAAGAAGCACUGGAUUGCCAACAACCUGUUUGGGCUGGCGUUUGCCCUCAAUGGUGUGGAGUUCCUCUCCCUGAACAGCAUCAGCACUGGCUGCAUCCUGCUGGGUGGUCUCUUCAUCUACGACGUCUUCUGGGUGUUUGGCACCAAUGUCAUGGUCACUGUGGCCAAGUCCUUUGAGGCUCCAAUCAAAUUGGUAUUCCCACAAGACCUUCUGGAGAAGGGACUGGCUGCCAACAACUUUGCCAUGUUGGGCCUGGGGGACAUCGUCAUCCCUGGCAUCUUUAUAGCCCUACUGCUCAGAUUUGACAUCAGUCAGAAGAAGGAGAGCCGUGUGUAUUUCUACGCCAGUUUCAUCGCCUACUUUCUAGGUCUCCUCCUCACCAUAGUCAUCAUGCAUUUCUUCAAGCAUGCACAGCCAGCUCUGCUGUACCUUGUACCUGCCUGUAUAGGAGCACCAGUGCUAGUUGCCCUCGUACGAGGAGAAAUCAAAGCCCUCUUCAAAUAUGAAGAUCAUCCGGAAGAAAAGAAGGAAGAAGAAAAGUCUGAGGAGAAAAAGGAAGCAGCCCCAGCAAAGAAGCAAUCAAAGAAAGAAAAAUAGAAGAAAUUGGUGCUGGGUUAAUUAGUGUGUUAACAAUUUCAAAUUAAUAAGUCAUGUCUAGGUGAUGUGUUUUUUUAAUGUUUAAAUGUAUGUUGCUGAGAAGUUCAUUUGGUUUAUCAUACUUUAAAAUCACAACUUGAAGUCCAGAAAAUACAGUUUUAUUGUUAAUCUGUAGGAAUAAAAUUUUAACUGUUCCCGGUUGCACAAAUGUACGAAUGAUUACGUGCCAUGAAAUUCGUUGUAGCAAUAAUUUGCUACAAUGUCUAGACAUAUGUACGUUAUAGACUGCAUUUCUUCUUUUAAGGUAGAAACCUUACCAACUUCUUCAUCAUUGCUCAUAGUAGUUAUGAUUGAAAUUGCUGAAAUAUUCCUUCAGUCUAGUCACUUGCUGUACACUGGUGGACUAUAGUUUACUGGAGGGGGAUCUCUCAUAAAGAAACUCAUGACUUUGCCUUAAUGUGAUACAAAAAUGACUCAAGUGAAGUAUGUUGUAGACUUGUAUAACUAUCACUGAAAACCAUGAGUGAAGAUUCAAGUUAAGUGAUGUUUGCAUUUAGCUGAUGUUAGAAAAUAGUGAGUGAAAAGUUUGUGUCAAUUUAAAACAUAAAACAUUAACCAUCUGUUACCAGUAUUUAUUAUUAUUAUUAUUAGAGCCUAUACGUCAUGCGAAGAAGUUUGUGGUAUGAGUAUUUUGAAGGUCUUAAGUUUGUUUGAAUACUGUGAAAAGUGUAUGGGAAAAAAAGUUUUGUAUGGAAUAUACUCCAUCAGACUUUUAUAGAUAAGCUUGAUGAGUAAGUCACUCUUAAAAGAAUGUCAUUUAAAAGAUAUAUUUUUUAUUAUGAAUGUGGACGUGUUCAAGAUGUCUUUUUAACAUUCUGAAUUCUUUAUUUAAGGGUUUUAUUAUAGGUGUAUUAAAAUUUUGUUCUUUUUUUUGUAAGUAUCAUUCAUUGUCAGUUUGUCUUUAUUAUUUUUGACUUGCUUAGAAUGAAAUUUGUCAAUGAUAUUAAUUAAGAUGGCUUAUGCGAUUUGUAAAUGAGUUGUUUUCUUCUCAAUAUAAUAUAAUAAAUACGUUUGUGUAUUUGUAUUUUAGUUCAUUCUGCGUAGUGACUUGCGAACUUAAAAACAUGUCAGAUAUUGGCGUUAACAAAAAAUGACAAAAACAUCUACUCAGGCAAUAUUUCUUCUAAAACUUGGUAAGGUUUUAUUGAAGUUUUAUUAUUUGUAUCUUGUUUUACUCUGGACCAUACUCCUCUCAUCAGCAUUUUAAUACCGGUAGAUUGUUAUUGUUUUUAUUUUUCAUUUUUUCCCUUAUUAUAUAAAAGUUAUGUUGUAAAUAUUAUUACCUAUUCAUCUUAAAAAUAUGCCAUAACUAGGUCCAUCAUUAGUUUUAUUAACUGUUUCACUUAAAGAUAGAUAUAAUUGUAUUGUCAAUAUUAGUUAAGUGUGUGCUUAUUGAACCAAACGUUUUUUAACAGUAGUAUUGUUUUGGUUCAAGGUAGUGAUUUUUAUCAAUUUUCAAACCAUUAAAAUUAACGUUAUUUUGUUUUCGUUAUACAAGAUUUUGAUGUAUUAUUUAAAUAAAACCAAAUAAUGUUCUUUUCACAAUGCCUUGUUACCUUGUAUAUUUAAUGAAGACUGAAUUUAUUUCUGAAGAUUAAAGUAUAUA